CGCACCCAUCAUUAUGUAAAACUGAUGCUCAGCCUCACUUUCCCCUCACAUACUCUCUCUCUCUAACAGUCCACCCAUACCUCCAUUCUCUUUCAAAACGGCGAGAAGUGUAUCGAUGGCGACCACAACAAAAGGAAUUUGCGAAUGAAGGUGGACGUUUGUGCUUCUGACGCCGACGAGAAACCAGAGGCUCAUUGUGAUGCGACUUCGGCGAGUCAGAUCUGUUCACGUCGAUGCCUACGGCGGGUUUGCAUUCACGCUUCCGACAUCGACAAGAAGCGGACGGCGGGUCAGAUCUGUUCCCUCGACCAUGCCAAUGUUCUCAGACCCUUUUACUAGAUCUGGGAGCAAAAGGGAACUCCAAGCCCUUAAGAAACUGAGAAGCCAAUUGAAAGUUCAUCUGAAUGAUUGCGGAAGUUAUCUGCAUAGUAGUAUUUCUUGAAAUUGACCACUAGGUUAUUGAUAUUAUGUAAAUAUUUAUAUAUAUGGAUGACCAAUGGCCUACCACAUUAGAUGCUCACUUGGGAGUUACAUGUAACUCCCAUCCCUAUAUUAUUAUCUCUAAUUCAUAUGCAUUGAUGUAAGGGUGUAAUGGUUACCAAAGGGUGCCUAUAAAUAGAGCACACUAUUGUAUCACAAAUGAAGAAUGAAUAAGAAGAACUCUUCCCCUCUCUUCUCUUGUGUAUUUUCCUCUCUAAUCUUCUCUUGUAGUUGUUUAUAUUACAUUAGUUUCAUAACACGUUGUCAGCACGAAGCUCUGCCAAAAUUAUCAUUGCUCAAGACUCAAAAACUCUCGACAUAAUCUAAGAUAUUGGAGUAAGAUCACAGUAUGAUCAAGGUAUGUAAAUCUUAGAUCCUUUCUUAUCGUAUUGUCUUAUUUGUGUUGAGAUUAUAUGAUUCCAAUAUAUCAAGAUGGGUGCUACUUCUCAUAUCCAUUGAUAUUUUAUCACGUCGAUCUAUUUGGAUUAACAAGAAAAGUAAUAUAAGUGAUGAGUUAAUUUCUCAGUUCUCCGUGUUAUCCUAUUCUUAUCAAUCAUACAUUGAUAUGUAGAAAAUGCAAGUUCCAAGAGCCCAUAUAUUCCCCAGAAGUGGAAAUUGAAGAAUCCAAGGGCAAAGAAAGAAGUGGACAUGGUAACAAGAAGAUUGGUUUUGUAUGUUACCAAUGUAAUGGAAAAUUGCGUUUGUCUCGUACCCGUUGUACGCAAAAGACCUUAUUCUACCAAAAAUCAAAGGGAAAAGCUAAUUCAUAUACGCUCCUGCAAUAUCAAUAUUAUGGAACAUAUUAUUUGUAUUAUAAGUUGGUAUAUUCUCCAUUAAAGAUGAAAUGAUAUUGCACUUGAGACAUUUUCAUUCCCAGAAGUGAACGAAACAAUCUAUUCCCCGAAGUGAAUGAAACUAUAAACAUAAUUAUAUAUAUGGUAAAUGUAUUGUUUGGAUCUUUUCACCAGAAGUGAGAAAAGAGGAGAAAAAGGAGAAUUAUAAAUAAGUAUGACACAACAAUUAUAUUAUCAAAGUCAUGAUAACAUAAUGUACCUAUUGUACAUUGAAAUGUAUAAUGAAAGACAUAUAUAAAUUUAAAAUCACCUAGUUAGUGAUGGUAUUGUUCCAAAUAAAGCUUAUUUAAUUUUCACAAUUGUAGUAUUAUGAUUCUUAUUUCUUUUAUGUUUUAUUGUGACGUUAUUUUUCAUGCAUAAUUUAACUUGAUAACCUUUAUCUAGAACAAUAAACUUGAUAAAUUCAUCAUUUUUGUCUUAAGUUUGAAAUAUUCUCAUUUAUUAUUUUAGUAUGUUUUUGUAAAGUAUGAUUGUUAGAAAAAUUCCAUAUAAACUAUAUGGUAGAGUACAAAAAUGAGAAAAAGCUUCCGAAAAGCUUAUGUUUGGUUACUUGAAGUAACUAAAUUAUGUACUCGUGAUAAUAAUUUAUGAUGAUAUUCACUAUGAAUAUGUGUUUACUAAGAAUGCAUCUAAUCAUAAGUCCCCGGAAGGGUGGAAUAUGGUACAAAAUAUGGUAAAGCUUUAAAUGAGCUAAUUUUGUGGCCUGAAGGAACCAAACUACCUAGUGAUGAUGCAUUACCCAAUUAAAAGGAUAUUAGUAAAAUGAAUAUCUUAUCAAGAAAAUAGUAAAACUAAUAUUUGCAUCACAAAUAUGUACUACAUGUAUAUUAGUACUAUCAGUACACAUAAAAGUGUAAACCAGAAGUUUACAAGAUUUGAUAACUUGUUAAUUUGGUUGGUCCGGUUAGACCAUCCCGGAUCUUGAUGUGGAAAAAAUUCUUUGAAAAUUCAUGAGAACAUCAUAUGAGAAUUCAAAGAAUUCUUCAAGAGUUAUUAUGUCAUGCUUUUUCUCAAGAAAUAUAGAACAAUUGAUCAUCGCUUGUAAAAGGGUUGGCAAAUCUCUUGAGAUUUUAUGGACGUGUAUGCAGAACAAUACAUCAGUCAUGUGGAUCAUUUAUGAAUUUUAUGGGUUCCUGCAUCAAAUGGAUGAUCACAUGUAUUUUAUCUAAUCGCAACCCGAUGUUUGCGAGAUUGGUUGCCUCACUAUGGAUACAUUUUGAUGGUUAUCCAAUCAAACAUCACUUUGCUUAAUAGAACAAGCUGAGCCUUCCAGUCUCUUGUCAAGGACAUGCUAGCAGGCAAGUGAUAGUAUUGGUUCGCAUCUAACCAACAAGUUAUCAUAAGUUUCCCCCUUUUUACAAAUGGUUUUGGUCAGGAACCUAAUAUUUUCCAUCUAAAAAUAUUUGGGUGUGUCGUCUACAUCCCUAUUGCUCCACCACAGCGUGUUAAGAUGGGUCCUCAAAGGAGGUUGGGAAUUUAUGUUGUAUAUGAGUCCCCGUCAAUCAUAAAAUACUUAGAACCCUUGACGGGAGAUUUAUUCACUGCUCGUUUUGCUGAUUAUCAUUUUGACGAAUCAAUUUUCCCAACAUUAGGGGGUGAGAGCAAACGGCUGGGAAAAGAUAUUUGUUGGAAUGAAUUAUCAUUAUCUCACCUUGAUCCUCGUACUAGACAAUGUGAACUAGAAGUUCAAAAGAUAAUUCAUUUACAAGGUUUAGCAAACCAACUGCCGGAUUCUUUUACUGACCAGAAGAGAGUGACAAAGUCACACAUACCAGCUGUAAAUGCUCCAGUGAAAGUUGAUGUCCAUGUUGGACAAUCUGAAAUUGCAAAUGAAUCUAAACCACGAAUGAAGCGUGGUAGACCAGUAGGUUCCAAGGUCCAAGGAUAAAAAUCCUCGAAAAAGAAAAGGAGCUAUGAAUCAAGUUGGUCAAAUCGAGGAUAUGAAAGGUCAAGAAGAGUCCCCAAGCAUAACUAAGAUUGUAGUUCCCGAAGAACAUCAGGUACCUGAAAGUUUUGAUAAUGAAGAGAUCUCAAUCAAUUAUGUCUUGGAUGGAAAAUGUUGGAACCGAAGUAAAAUAAUCGUCGACGAUGUUUUUGCUUACACUGCAGCGUUGAGUGUGAUGACUGAAAAUGAGGAUCAUGAACCAAGAUCUAUUGAUGAAUGCAAUUCAAGAGAUGAUUGGCCAAAGUGGAAAGAGGCCAUUGAGGCAGAAUUAAACUCGCUUUCAAAGCGAAAGGUUUUUGGACCGGUAGUCCUUACACCAGAAAACGUGAAGCCAGUGGGAUACAAAUGGGUUUUUGUGCGGAAAAGAAAUGAAAAAGGUGAAGUAGUGUGAUAUAAAGCACGUCUUGUCGCACAAGGAUUCUCACAGAGACCUGACAUUGAUUAUGAGGAGACAUACUCCCCUGUGGUGGAUGCAACUACGUUUCGAUACUUGAUUAGUCUAGCAGUUCGAGAAGGACUUGAUCUGCGUCUAAUGGAUGUUGUGACAGCCUAUUUGUAUGGAUCACUUGAGAAUGAUAUAUAUAUGAAACUCCUUGAAGGAUUCACUUUGCCAGAAGCAAACAAAACACAUUCUCGAGAAAAAUUUUCUAUCAAAUUGAACAAAUCCUUGUGUGGAUUGAAACAAUCUGGACGAAUGUGGUACAAUCAUCUCAAUGAAUAUUUGAUGAAAGAAGGAUACAAGAACCCUAUUUGUCCAUGUGUUUUUCUAAAGAGAUCGGGUAGUGAGUUUGUUAUAAUAUCAGUUUAUGUUGAUGACAUAAACAUCAUUGGAACUCCCGAAGAGCUUCCAAAAGCAGUUGAUUGCUUGAAGAAAGAGUUUGAAAUGAAAGAUUUAGGAAGAACAAAGUUUUGUCUUUGGAUUACAUAUUGAACAUUUGAAGGAUGGUAUUUUUGUGCAUCAAGAAGGAUAUGUUGAAAAAGUGCUUAAGCGAUUUUAUAUGGACAAAUCACACCCGUUGAGUUAACCAAUGGUUGUAAGAUCACUUGAUGUGAAAAGAGAUCCAUUUAGACCUCGAGAAAGUGAUGAAGAUCUGCUUGGCCCUGAAGUGCCAUAUCUUAGUGAAAUAGGAGCAUUAAUGUAUCUAGCCAGUCACACACGACCCGAUAUAUCAUUUGUUGUGAAUAUAUUGGCAAGAUAUAGCUCUUCUCCCACUAAAAGACAUUGGAAUGGAGUUAAACAUUUACUCUGUUACCUUCGAGGAACGACGGAUAUGGGCUUGUUCUAUUCGAGUGCAUCGAAGAUCGAUUUAGUGGGAUAUGCAGAUGCAGGAUAUCUCUCAGAUCCCCACAAUGGUAGAUCUCAGACAGGAUAUUUGUUCACUUGUGGUGGUACAGCUAUUUCGUGGCUAUCCACAAAACAAACUAUAACAGCCACAUCAUCCAAUCAUGCUGAAAUCCUAGCAAUUCACGAGGCAAGUCGUGAAUGUGUUUGGUUAAGAUCUAUAAUUCGACACAUCAGAGAAUCGUGUGGACUAUCUCUAGGAAAAUGAUCCCGACAAUCAUGUAUGAAGAUAAUGCAGCAUGCAUUGCUCAAUUAAAGGAAGGAUAUAUUAAAGGAGAUAGAACAAAACAUAUUCCACCCAAGUUCUUUUUCACUCAUGAUCUUCAAAAGAGUGGUGAAAUAAUUGUUCAAAAAGUUCGUUCAAGUGAGAAUCUAGCAUAUUUAUUCACCAAGUCACUCCCGACGACAAUCUUUGUAAAGCUUGUUCGUGAAAUUGGAGUUCGACGACUCAAAGACUUGAGCUGAUGUGGUCAUGAGGGGGAGCAUAUACGCGCUGCACUCUUUUUCCCUUAACCAUGGUUUUUCCUAUUGGGUUUUCCUGGUAAGGUUUUUAAUGAGGCAGCAUGAGAUAGCGUAAUAAUGCAAUCUAGUGGUCAUCCAAGAGGGAGUAUUAUGUAAAUAUUUAUAUAUAUGGAUGACCAAUGGCCUACCACAUUAGAUGCUCACUUGGGAGUUACAUGUAACUCCCAUUCCUAUAUUAUUAUCUCUAAUUCAUAUGCAUUGAUGUAAGUAUGUAAUGGUUACCAAAAAGUGCCUAUAAAUAGAGCACACUAUU